GAGUAGGAGGAGGCGGGGAGUUUGUGGACAUAGAACGUGCUGUUUGCUUGUAUUCAGGCAGAGCAAGUUAGCAAGGCUGACGUUAACGUCUGUGUGGGCUGAGCACCUAACACCCAUGCUCGGGGAGCGCUGCGAUGGGCUCUCUCAAAACAGACAACUUCUGCGCCUGGUCGCUAGGAAUAAGUUGAACCCCUGGGCAGAGGAAACUAUAUUUGUUAGAAAUGCACACUUCAUGAUGGGCGACCAAAAAAGACGAAGAAGUUGAUCUCAAGUAAACGCAAGUGGCUCCGUCGCUGAAAAGAAGGCUGUCUGUUAAGAGUCUUUUUGGACUUAUUGUGAGUUAUAAAGCAAAAUGGAACCUGAAGACUGUAAAAUAUCCAUUUGGGUCUGUAGAGAAGAGAAACUUGUCUCGGGACUGUCACGACGCACUAUCUGUGCCGAUGUUGUCAAGGUGUUAUUGGAAGACCAAAACCUGCAGCAAGGUGCUUCUGCUGCCAUGCUGUCCGGUUCCCCUCAGUCAUACUGCGUUGUGGAGAAAUGGAGGGGUUUCGAGAGGACCUUACCAAACAAAACCAAAAUCCUUCGUCUCUGGAAUGCCUGGGGAGACGAGCAGGAAAAUGUGCGGUUUGUGUUGGUUAAGAACGAGGCAUCUUUACCGAACAACGGGCCGAGGAGCGCUGAGGCGCGCGUAGUUCCCAGUAAAGAGAGUCCGUGCGCUUUCAAAGGGACUGGGAAAGCCACGAUGGCUUUUACACAAGAGAAACAGCGGCGUAUCGUAAGAAAAGCUUUUAGAAAGUUGGAUAAAAUAAAUAAGAAGAGAGAAGAGGCUGUUUGUAAGGACAAGUCAUCUGUGGAGAAAAUGGAGACCUUAGUGCACCUUGUAAUUUCUCAAGAUCAUACGAUUCGUCAACAAAUCCAGCGAAUCAAAGAACUGGACGGUGAAAUCGAAAAGUGCGAGGCCAAAAUUCAUUUUGACAGAAUUAAAAGACACGGCAUCAAUUAUGUCCAGGACACAUAUAUGGUUGAUCAGAGUUCGGAGACGGAGUCGACUGACCAAGACAUGCCUUGUUCUUCGGAAACCAUUGCUGAGUUUGAGGAAUAUGCGACAAGGUGCGAGGAAGUUAUCAAGCUCCAGGAGGAACUUGCCGAACGAGAAGCGUUUCUGGAAAGUCUCACAGGUGAGAUUCAAGAAGAGCUAAAUCACCGAUGGAUGAAACGCCGACAAGAGGAGCUGUCCAAUAAGGACACAGAGAGUACUGCCGAAGAGUUGGCUAUCCGAGUUACAGCGGUCUCUCCCCAAACAGACGCUGCCGCCCCAGAGGUAGAACAUUUGUCAGAGAACGACGAACUAGAAGAGGAAAGGGUCAAAACGCAACUGGACACAAGUUUGUACAUUGGCCUGCGUUUGAACACUGAUUUGGAAACGAUUAAAAGCGACCUGGACAUGAGCCAGGAACAGUGGGAAGUGAAAGAGAGGGAACUGAUGGCUUUGCUGGAGAAAGUUGACUCGCUGGAUGUAGAUGAGGUUGAACCUGCAAAGGACAUCAAAGAAGACUCACCUGUGAUGGACUCCGAAAAGUUGCCCUCUAUAGAAAAAAACAGCGGAUGGGUUGAACAAGCUAGGGGGCUUUCAAAGAGCCGCAACACAAACGAUGAUGACUCAGACACAGGACUGAGCUCUAUGCACAGUCAGGACUCGGAUAACACACCUGUUUGCGAGUCUCUCGUGUAAGGGAUUGUAAUCUUGAGCGUGUCGUAUCUCAGGGAACUGUAUGUGUCUGAUAAUUCCAAAAGCAGUUUGAUUUUCUUUAUCAACAAACACGGCAUGCAAUUGUACUGUACAUGGAUAUGGUCGCCCCACAUACUGUAAAGUACAGUUCAGUCUUGUGAAAUAGGCUAGCUUGUACUCACCCAACAGUAGGUUAACUAAUUAUUCAGUGCAUUUAUUCAGAUCAUAUUGUAUCGUAAUUCUUCUUAAUCAAGUGUAAUUGAUAUGUAAAUACAUGUAGGUGAAUCUCUUGAACGUGUAACGUCCUCGUCCCACACAAAUUAUUUAUUAAAGGUUUUUAGUGCUAGGGUCAACACUGGCGACAUUGGCUAAAAGAAGAUGCUCAGCUAAAGUAAUGCCGUUUGAACUAUAAUUAACCACUUUAUCAUGUACGUUUAAUUAAAAUAUAUGAACUGAACUGCAUUCUACCAUUAACUUCGUGCUUUAGUCAAAGGCCAUCAAUUUUGUCUUUGCAAUAAAGUGUCUGGGAAAAGAGAGAAGUGAUCAAAGUUUUUCCGCAUAAUUUAAGAGGAAUGUCUAACGAAAAUGUCGUGUCAUGCAUGGCUGUAUUUAAUUACUCAUAGUUCAGACCUAGUGAUGUGGAAACUGAAGAAAAAGAAACACUGCAGUGUACAUUAAAUGGAUUUGAGGUAGACAACACUAAAUCUGAAUACGUCCUUAAGUUAAGCAACAGAAUAAAACUGACUUUUGCAUGAA